AUGGACACAGUCUUCAGAGGAGACAUUGGUAAAACAGUCGAGGUCUACAUGGAUGGCCUCGUCAUCAUGAGUCAUGAGGAAGAAACAAUGUUGGCAAACAUUCAACGCACAUUCGACUCAUUGCGCAGUGUAAACUUAAAGCUUAACCCAACGAAAUGUUCCUUCGGGAUGGAAGAAGGGAAAUUUCAAGGUUUCAUAGUCACACAAGAUGGGUUUAAAGUAAAUCCAGAAAAAGUGCAGGCCAUACAGCUAAUGCCAUCACCUGCAACAAUAAAAGAAAUGCAAAGACUCGCCGGACGCUUAGCAGCCUUGAAUAGAAUCUUGGCAAAUCAUGCGGCAAAAUCUUACCCAUUCAUCAGUACACUACGAAACUGCGCCAAGAAAACCCACUUCCAAUGGACACCAGAAGCAGAAGCAGCCUUCAAACAAAUGAAGGAAUGUCUAAUUCAGUUGCCAACACUAACAGCACCACGAGAAAAAGAACCACUGAUCUUAUAUUUAUCUACUGCGGAAGUAGCGGUUGGUGCAGUAUUAAUGGUGGAGAGAGAAAACGUUCAGACUCCAAUUUACUAUAUAAGCAAGAUGCUCACCGGACCAGAAACCCGCUACUCAAUGAUAGAAAAGCUGGUCCUAGCAUUAGUACAUGCAUCAAGGCGCUUACAUCGGUAUUUCUCGGGACACGUCAUAACAGUUCUCACCAAUUACCAUUUAGGUCAAAUCUUAUCCAAACCCGACGUAGCGGGAAGAUUGGCUAAAUGGGCUAUCGAGCUGGGAGGAUACAAUAUCCUGUACAGACUAAGACCAGCAAUCAAAGGGCAAGUUUUAGAGGACUUUGCCACAGAAGUUCCCAACGACAAAGUUCAAGAGUGCGAAGCAAUCCAGAACCCUAUUCCUGUUUUCGACGAUAGAGUCUGGACUCUACACACAGAUGGAGCUUCCAAUGACGACGGAGCAGGUGCAGGUUUUCGAUUAGUCAGUCCCGAUGAUCACGAACUUACCUAUGCCAUACGCCUUGAUUUCCGAAGCACAAACAAUGAAGCAGAGUAUGAAGCGUUCUUAGCAGGUAUCCGCUUAGCGCUUAAAAUGGGGGUAAGAAACCUUGAAGCUAACGUCGAUUCAAAACUAGUGGCCGAGCAGGUUAACGGGCACUAUGAUGCAAAAGGAGAAGCCAUGGCUUUAUACCUUGAACAAGCGCGGAUGUUAAUCAGCCAAUUUCAGACGUUCAAGGUUAACCAUAUAAACAGAAGCGAAAAUAAGCACGCAGAUGCACUAAGCAAAUUGGCAGCCACCAGCUUCAAGCACUUAGCAAAAGAAGUGCGCAUCGAGGUAUUAUCCAAUCCUUCUGUUCAUCUUAAACAAGUGAACGUUAUAGAAAUCAGGAAUCCGUCCUGGAUGUCUCCGAUCAUUUUAUACCUGCAACAUGGGAAACUCCCAGAAGGAAAGGCAGAAGCUCGAAAACUCCAACACAAGGCAAUAAACUAUGAAAUGGCGGAUGGCGUUCUGUACCGGAAGUCAUUUAUGGGACCAUUGCUACGUUGUGUCGGCAAAACAGAUGCGCAAUACUUGGUCCGAGAAAUCCAUGAGGGAUUAUGUGGAAUACACGCAGGGCCGCGCAUGGUUGUGGCAAAAAUAAUGAGCGCAGGAUACUAUUGGUCGGGAAUGCACGUGGACGCAGUAGAAUUAUUACGGAGAUGUACAGCUUGUCAAUGCCACGCGCCAAAAACUCUUCGACCAAAAAAUCCACUCGUACCGGUCACUUCCGCCUGGCCUUUCCAACAAUGGGGCAUCGAUCUCGUUGGCCCAUUUCCUGACGCGCCAGGCGCAGUAAAAUUCAUCAUUGUAGCAGUCGACUAUUUCACAAAAUGA